AUGAAAAAUAUUAAAGACGUGACGCAAGAUAAAAACAAAGAGAUGUAUAUUAAUGAUGAGGAGAGAGAGGAAGGCAGAAAUUACGAAGAACAUACAAUCAAGUUAGACAAUGAUAAUAUAGAAAUUAUUUCAGAUAUAAACGAGAAUAAUGGAUUAAAGCGGAAUGAAGAUAAAUCAAAUUUAGAUUCAAAUGUUGUUGUUGUACAUGUAAAUAAAUGUUUACGAUGCGGAUUAUUAGAAGAAAAAAAUCCGAAAAAAACUUCAACAAAUUUCGAAACCGAUUCUACUGAAAAGCUUGGAAUAACAAGUAUAGAAGAAUUAGAUUUUAGACAAUUAAUUAAGGAGUUAAAUUUAAAUAAUACCAAGUCAUUAUCAUCUGCUAAAGUAAUUAUUAUCAACAACGGCUCUGCCAAAAUUCAAAAAAUAAAACUCGAACAGGGCACAGGAGAUGAAAUCAAAACUAAAGAUUGUAGCGGAAUUAUAAUUUCAUCAAAACAUUUUGAUAAAAAUGACGAUUCUGAUUUUACUUGUACUGAAAAUAAAAGUUCUUUAAUUAGUCUUGCUUCAUGGACUGAUUCUCAGAACGAAUCAGAAAGUGAUUCUAUAAUUUUAGAAGAAUGGGAAAGAGAUUCAUCUGAGUUAUCUGAUCGAAAUGACGAUUUGGAUGAUAUGUGUGGAAUAAGACUCUUUGGUUCUUUAGGAGACUGCGGAAAGAUUCAUCCAGGAUCCAAAUCAGAACAAGAUAUCAAACCUAUGUUGAAUGCGGCACUUGGAAAUUCUAAAGAAUCUAAAAAUAGAAACGUGAAAUCCGAUAUUGUAUGCAGUAUAAAAUCCAAAGAAAUUCAAAAUAGCGAAGAAAACGAGUCAAGCGGAUUUUCUUCACACAACUUCUCAUCUAAAAUAGAAUUAUGUUCUCAAAAAGAAAUAAAAGCAAUAGAAUCACAAAACAUUAAUAAUAAAUUGAAAUUCGUUUAUAGAGAAAUGUAUCGACUUAUGAAAGAAUUGAAAAAGAAGGACGAGGAAUUAGCCAACGUAAACGAAGAACUUCGAAAAUUUAAAAUGAACGAGAAAAAAGUUACAACUUCUGAUCAUUCCGAAUAUCACAAAAUGUGAAUUCCACAAACAGUUUCUGUUUAUGCAUGUGUUAUCUAUUAUACAAGUCAUUUUCUAUUUUUGGACAUAAACGUUUAAAUUUUUCAUACAUGAAUUGAAAAGUGAAUCGUGAAAUUUAGAAUUAUACGUAAUAUAGAAAUUAUAUAUGAUUUAGAAAAUCAUGAAUAAAAUCAAAAAUUUUAAAGACUUUUUGAGAUUUGCAUGAUGCUGCGAACACAUUUCGCCAUCUAUGAGGAAUCUAUAUUACUAAUCUUUGUAUUUUCUAUCGUAUUUAUAACUUUGUUUAAAAUUUAAAAUAUAUAAAAU